AUGGACUUUCUUGAUCGUUUACUGGAUGUGCCCGACAUCAAAUCUCGCAUGUUGACCUUUCACUGUCUCUUUCCAAACGACUUUCUUCCCGCCUUAGAUCUCCUCGACCGCAAACUGGUCCAGCGCGUUCGCCACGGCCUCACAGAACUGUUCCUCGUCUCCUCAUCCCACACCUACGAGGUUCGAUUACACGCCUGGAACUGUAGCUGUGCGGCUUUUACCCUCGCUGCAUAUCGCUCAGACACUGGUCAGACAGCGCAUGUCCCCUCUGGACCGUACCCCUUUGGCGGGACCAUAGCCCGCACAGAGGUCCCCGUCUGCAAACACAUUCUAGCUUGUCUGCUAUAUGCACGCUGUCCCACUCUACUGGACGACACGGGUACCCUUGCUAUUUCCAAGGAGGAGCUGGCAGGUUGGUGUGCUGGAUGGGAAUGA